CUCAUCAGCUGCUCAAACUUUCAAAACCCCUCAAUAUGUAGAAGGCACUAGAGUCCUUAGAAACUCAUCCCAACCCACCCCUUCAAAGUAGCUCCUUAAGCCAUUUGCCUCAAUUUUGUUCACAAAACUCUCUCCCUACAAAAUUUAAAAAAGGUCUUCUUUUUUCCUCUCUUUCUCCAAGGAAAAAAAAAAGUAAGAAGAAUUGGUUACAGAUUAGCAAGACAUGGGUUCUUUAGUAGGGCAUGUUUUACCAGGUUUUGCCUUCUUUGUACUUGGUUUUUGGCAUCUCUUUAAUCAUAUCAAGCUCCAUUCUGCCCACCCAAAUUCCUACAUGUCUUCCUCAUGGUUCCCCACAUCCAAAUUAAAGUACUUAGAGCUGUUCCUGAUCAUGGUAGCCUCUUCCAUCUCCAUAUCCAUGGAGCUCUUUAUUGGCCCUGCAAGGCACCAACCCCUUGAUCCUGAUGGAACCAUUCCAUCAAAUCAUCUCCGUAACUUUGAGCACUCAUCUAUAUCAAUGACUUUUUUUAUUUAUGCCGCUUUUGCUAUAAUCCUCGAUAAAAUUAGCCCCAAAGCUAAGUAUAGCUUAGCACUGUUUCUUGGAGCAGUAGCCUUUGCCCAACAGCUCCUUCUCUUCCACCUUCAUUCAACUGAUCACAUGGGAGUUGAGGGUCAAUAUCACUUGCUUCUACAGAGUGCAGUCAUUGUUUCUUUAGCCACCACCCUCAUGGGAAUUGGGCUUCCAAAGAGCUUCAUUGUCAGCUUCAUAAGGUCUCUCAGUAUUUUGUAUCAAGGUGUGUGGCUCAUAGUCACGGGAUACAUGCUGUGGACUCCAGAGUUGGUUUCCAAAGGCUGCUUUCUCCACGAUGAAGAUGGUCACCAGGUGGUUCGGUGCUCAAGCGAUGAGGCACUGGACCGAGCGAAAUCAUUAGUAAAUAUUCAAUUUAGCUGGGCCUUGACAGCGGUCACCAUGUUUUCAAUAUCUCUCUAUUUGUUUUUGGUUAAAUUAUAUGGAGAAAAGGUUGAGUAUUCAACAUUGACAAAGGAAAAAGACCUGGAACUGGAAGAAGAAUAUGACGAUGUUGAGUCUCAGAAGGAGAGCCCAAAAGCCUUUCGCGUACAUGGACAUUGAAAUUAAGGUAGAUUAAAAAUGUCAAUUCUUACUAAGUCUGGUCUGGUGGAAAUUAAGCUUUGCAAUAAUUUGGGGGCUUAAUGACAGCAAUAUAUAUGUCAUGUCAGGAGAGGUGUGUGUUGGUAGGUAGAAAUUGGUGUGAAA